UGCAUCAUUUCACACUUAGUUCUAGUGGAGCCUGCCGGCACGUAAGUCACGACAACGCUUUCGCGAAAACUACGACGGAGGAGGACGAUGAGGACGUUGGCUGUAGUGAGUUUUGCUCUCUGCUGUUUGAUCGCAGUAACCUUUGCCGGUCAGGGUGUCUUGCUCAAAGCGACCCAUCCAGAUCACCCAGGCAAGUGCUAUGACGAAGGUUCAGGAUUAGUGUUUGAUCCUGACGAGGAGAAAUCCAUCCCCGGAGAAUGUACCAUGGCAUAUUGUUCAAAAGGCUUCUCGUUGACAUACACCAGCUGUAUAAAAGCAGUAGUAGAUGAUCCUAACUGUGAAAAAAUCAAGCAGGACCUAACUAAGGAUUAUCCGGAAUGUUGCCACACAUAUAAAUGCGUAUACGAUGGGAAAGUGAGUUAUCAUUGAUUGGCUCAGAAUACUCACCGUUCAAUAAACUAAGUGACAUGUGAAUAAAAUGGA